AUGUUGCAAUUUCAGUUAUACUUUGAAUUAUUUCUACUUGUAUUAUAUUGUCACAACAAUGUUAGCUGUGCUGCCUAUUCGGCAGAAGAUUCAGAUGAAGACUUAAAACAAGCGUUAUUACUAGUGGAAAUACUUAAAUCAGAGUACGGAAAGUUGUUACGUGAAAAAAACGAGGCUGAUAAGAACACUGAAAAUGUAGAUGGUUUAACAUGUGCUACUACCAAUGAAGCAAGGACGGACGCUACUGUACCGCGGUUAAUGCAGUGGACAGGUGAUGGCAGUAUUGGUGUGACAGAGGAAAAAUUGUGGCCGACAAACGCAAAUUUGGAAAUGUCUACAUCAAUGCCCGGGACUACAUCCACUCCAUUUUCAAUGCUUACACAUGGACCGCUAUUGCCUUAUAACCCUAACUUCCGGAGACGGAUCAAUCUCCCAUUGGGAAAGCAUGACAGACGACAGUUAAGAUUUGAUUACGAGGACCCAUUUGGUGGGCAUCCAGAACAGACAGCGAAACCGGCUACGUACCAGGAUGUAUGGACAACAGUCUCAACUAUUGUGGAGUCAUCGACGACUUCAAUUAAUCCAAAACGUCCAACAACUUUAAGUACAACUACUGAGAUUAACUUACCAGAAACGAAUCCAUCUACACAAGACAUUGUAACAGUUUCAACCUCAAGAUACAUUAAUAAUACUAUUAAAAAAAUGACAUCAUUAUCCACUCCGUAUAAAGUGAAGUUAAGAAUUACAAAAACAACGAAAGAAUUUAAUACAGAAAAAAGUAUCUUUAAAAAUCCAAUUAUAGAUCAAGUAGCUGCAGAGUUAAUCAGUGAAUUAAAAGGAGACCAACUAUUAUUUACUUCUAAGACGAAAGGGAAAAAUACAAGGAAAACAAGAAAGCCUUUAUAUUUACUAAAAAACAAAGAAAUAUAUGAGGAACGGCCCUCCACCUACCGACAAAAGACUACACUAAAAGUGCACUUGGCUGGCAGUUCUAGAUAUCCUAUACCAUUUCCUGAUAAUCACGCUUUUUGUCAUACUAAUCCAUACAAUCCGCUCUAUGAGCACGCGCCACCAGCCGCCACGCAAUGGCUUUGUGGGCCGCACGUCCUGCACUUGAAUGGAUAUUAUCAUUUCCGUAAUGGCGAGAGCGCUUGCGAGUGCCUCGUGGCUGCCCGGCGCGAGAGACCGCGGGCGCCGACGCGGCCGCGCCCUCUGGUCUAG